AUGAAUAACAAUAAUAUUGUUACUUGUAUAGCUCCUGUUAAUAUUGCAGUUAUUAAAUAUUGGGGAAAGAGAGAUGAUGAUCUGAUUUUACCUGUCAAUGAUUCUAUCAGCUUGUCUUUAGACACUAAACAGUUAUGCACGAAGACUACUGUGAUGGCUAGUCCUAAUUUUAAGGAGGAUAAAAUUUGAGAAGAAUCGAUGAAUAAUAAAAGACUCCAAAAUUGUUUACAAAGGAUAAAAAGCAAAGUGACUUUAACAAACGAGAUGGAAUUAUGGAAAAUUCACAUUUGCUCUAACAACAAUUUUCCAACUGCGGCCGGUCUCGCGUCAAGCGCAGCUGGAUAUGCUUGUCUGACAGCAGCACUAGCCAAAUUAUACAAUUACACUGAAAAUAUCAGCGAGAUUGCUAGAACUGGAUCAGGAUCAGCAUGUAGAAGCGUCUUUGGCGGCUUCGUCAGGUGGUACAUGGGCUCCGAGCCAACUGGAGUCGACAGUAUCUCCAAGCAAAUAACUCCAGCUUCCCAUUGGCCCGAGAUGAGAGUUAUCAUUUUAGUGGUAAAUGAUUCAAGUAAAAAAAUUUCCAGCGCAGUAGGAAUGAAGCGAUGUGUCCAAACAUCAGAGCUGUUAAAGUACCGCGCUGAAGUUUGUGUUCCUAAGAGAGUCGAGUUGAUGCAAAAAGCUAUUAUUAAUAAAAAUUAUCAGCAAUUUGCAGAGUUGACUAUGAAAGAUUCAAAUCAAAUGCACGCGGUGUGUCUUGACGCGUAUCCGUCUUUCAAUUACCUCACUGAUGUUUCUCACGCAAUUAUUGAUUUGAUCAAUUCUUACAAUGAAGCUAGCAAUACUAUUAAAGUAAAAGAGAACGUUCCUCAAGUUCUUGGCCUUAUAGAUCAUUUCUUCCCUUCUACUGGGAAAGAUGAUUACAAAAGAGGGGAUUUCCCUAUUAGUAUUCCUCCAUCGAAGGAUUUAGUAGAAAAAUUAAAUUGUAAAAAGCACCAAGGAUCUAUAAAAAGUAUAAUUUACACCCGAGUCGGAGAAGGUCCCACGUAUCUUGAUGAUCCCAGCGAGCAUCUUUUGAAUAAUUCCGGACUUCCGAAAGGCCUUUAA